AUGACGUUCGAAUUGACCGGAAUGUUCGCUCCACAGCCAAUUACACCUCAGCACCCAAAUCUGUGGGCCAACAUCGCAGCUCAACAGCAGUUUGGAACCGGUGAGCAACUUGAGCUGUCAGGAAAGCAAAAACUUUCAAAAUUCAAAGGAAUUGAAGCCGGUUUGCCGCUCGCUUGUCACAAAGAAAAAUAAAGAUUGAAGAAAUGUCUAGGACCCUUGGAACGCGGUUCAGGAAACGUUCUAUAAUGUCAUCUCGAUGUGAAAAAAGUCACAUGAUAAAUUAAUAAAAAUCGGAAAAUGGCAUAUGUAAAUUAAGAAGAAAAAAUUUGGUCGUGAACUUCGUCCGGAUUAGAGUUGUAUAACCGCACAUCAAAGGCACUAGUUCAAAUUUGUAUAAAAGAUCUUUUUUUUCCAAGUAAGAAAUGUUGUAACUAGGCAAGUCCAUUAACGGCAGAUUCGGACGCGUUGACUGACGUAGACUAAAACAUAGAAAAUCUUGGAAAUCUUUUAUCUAAAAUUGUUCACGUAUCUCAAUGUAUUAUACUCUGAUUGUAGACAGACAUACCAUUGUUAAUAAUGAACUUUUCAAUUUAAAUACUUUUGUGAGGCUAUCAAAGAACUGACAUUUUUAAUGUAUAACAUAAAACUGUCUACCCGUCAAUUCGAAGCGCACUCAUAAGCCUUCUUUGUUUUUUAAGGUCCUCUGAACAAUCUGGGAAUCUUGGGCAACGGCACAUUCAACAAUCACGGGAACGUGCUCGCUCAACAGCAGAUGAUGCCGCCUGCGCCGCUCGAAGCGCCCAAAGCCGAAACAAUCCAGGGAUUUGGAAUCCUGACCUGGCUAUCCGCCAAGGCCGGACUCAUCACCUGCAAAGACAAGAUGGUCAUAUCUUUCCAGUUGAAAGACUUCUGCGAUCAGGUUUUGGACCGUGCUGCGCAUGGCUUUUCAGUAUGAGCUUUUUGCAGAUGCUCAACGAUCUGACCAAUGUUCUUGAGAGUCGGUUUCACCUUGUCUUUCCACGCAGCUUUGAACGAAACUAACGAGUACACAGCGACGCUAGUCCAGCCCAUCUAUGGACCGGUAGCUUUUCCUUAAAGAACGAGAAUUUAUAUUUUGUCGAGUUUCAGGAAGCCGAAGUUCUGUUCGCGAACGCACCAGAAGUCGACUUGGAGAAGGCGAUGCCAACACCGCAAAACGCGAAAGACGCUUACUCGCCAACUCUCGAAGCGCGUGCCAUUCCUGCACUUUUGGCCAUUUUUCAGAGGCACGGACUUCAGCAGAUCCAACUGAGCAGGUAGCCUGUUUUUCAUGCGGGCUCAAGACAUCGCAAGUCCCGGUUACAGUCUCCACUCGCAAAUGUCCAACUGCGGCGACGAUGAGUUGUUCCGCUACGUCGGCACUUCGUCUCUGAAACGUCGGCAGUUCGUCGAGCGUCGCACCCACAUCUUCCGCCUUCAAAACGACGACACCAUCAUUUUGCAGGUGCGCAACGAUUUGAAUUGACUUUUUCUAAUUUUGAGAGCAUGCCAAAAGUAAUGCAUGGGAGAUAAAUGUUUAUCAAAUUAGAAAAUCGUUAUAGUCAAGAUUAAAUUCAGAACCCUGCGACGUAUUUGUGCGUUUUCCGCUUGGCAUCCUAUCUUCUUCGUCGGGGUGGAGCCACCGCCAUUCAGUCUCUCUACGACUAUUACAUCAACGGAGAUAUUCAGCAAGAAAUUCGUGACCAAAUCGGCGAAGGUGUGUAUCGACUCACAAUCGACCAAUGGAAUGAAAUAGAAUUGAGUGUCUGAAUGUAAUGCUUCGAAAAGAGGGCCUCUACAAAAAGGACACCUGUGCUGUAGGAGGAUGUUUUCAAUUAUAUUCCAAAAAAAUGAGACUGGAAAUACUGUUAACAAAUUGAUAAUUGGAUGUUGACGUCUCACUUUUCAAAUAUGAGCGCGACUCAGAUAGAAUCAGUAGUAGCUUGAUUUUUACAAGCCCAAAAUAAGGAAGAGGAAAUCGAAAAUAUUCCAAGGGGUAGCAAUUUUCGAUCCUAAGUAUUAGGAUUAAUCUUCGAUCAGUUUUUUGAAGAACUACUGUUAUAAAGUCAAGAGAAAGAAAAAGAAAAAUUUAUUAUCACUGAACAUUAAGGGUAUGCGAUGAGAGAUAAAGUUUUCCCGUACCUCUAUCUGAAUUAUUUGUUAAAACGAAUAUUUCAGGACGUCAAGACUUUUUGAACAUUAUAAACUCGCACAACUGGGUCUUCGCCCUGUUCCCCAAUCGCACUUAUGUGUCGGUUCGUCGCAAUCUUCCACGCUACGACUAUCCUGGGUUUGUGAAACAGGUCAGUCGAUGAAACUUUGUAUCUGUCCAAUUGGCUAAUUUUGCAGCACUUCCCGGAGCUGGACGUCCUCCGUCCAAACGCCCAACGCAAUUAUGGAGCACCAAGAUCCAUUACGCGGACUCUGUCGGCCCACCAGCCGAUGGUUGGCUUCCAGAACGUCUCGUCUGUGAACAACGCUCGUUCUGCCGGUGGUCCUCUUCUUUCGAACAAUCGGCCGGCUUCGCUCUGGGACUCGCAGUCUUCUAUUUCUCAGGUUUUUCAAACUUCCCCAUCCAUCUCUAAUUGCAAUAUUUUUUCAGAUAUCAUCGAGCGCUACCAACGAUCAUUGGAGUCCUUUGUACUCGCCUACCACCUGGUCGAACCGUGGCAGCAACGGCGUUUCUUCGGUCGGCAUCGGCGGAGACCUUUUGGGUGGCGGUGGAAUUGGAAACGGAUCCAUCAAUUCUCUUCUUGGUCUGCAAAAUAAGGUUCGUGAGAUCGCAUAUAAUGACAAAUUCGAGAGGUCAAAAUGAAGAAUAGACAUAAAACGAAAGUUUUUUCUAACAGUUUAUCAAUUGUGUGAGAGGAUAGUUUAGCCACCGAAGGCUUUUUUUUCAACAAUUCGAAAAAAAGCAGAAAAAAUAUUUUUAUUGAAAAACCGACAAUCUUUGCAGCAAAUGGUCUCUCGCGCCAUCCAGACGGAGUCUGCAGAGAACGGCUUCGGACGUGGCGGCUGCACUUGCGGGUGCGUCUGCGGCCGCGCUGCUGGAGCUGGCGUCAUCGGCGGAGGCCUUCGUGGCUCUUCGUCGCGAGCUUCUGGAGGCUCCGCGAGUCCUCCGAGUGUCGACAGCAGCAGCCCAACCAACUACGAGCGCUUCUCUCCUUCGACAGGUUUGAAGUCGUCCCCUGCUGUGGCCAUAAUCUCGUCUAUUCGAGGUAUCUUUGAAGGGAUCGGAUCGAUCGGCGACCGUCUCAAUACUCACCUGGUCGCUCCGGAAGUCUCUUCGGCGCCUUCUUCGACUUCUCAGUCGUCUGCUGCGUCUGCUGGCUCUUCUGGAAUCCGCUAUUACGAUCCAUUUGGCACUGCCGAUUUGCUCACUGGCUCUCGUCUGAGCUCUCUCCGUAUCAAUUAA